UUAUCAAAGCUUUUCCAUUCAAUGGCUGGAAAAAGUAAGAUUUUGUUCAUUGGAGGUACUGGUUACAUCGGAAAGUUCAUCGUCGAAGCUAGUGCUAAAGCUGGUCACGACACAUUUGUCUUGGUCACAGAAUCAACUCUUUCCAAUCCUACCAAAGCCAAACUCAUUGAUACUUUCAAGAGUUUUGGUGUCACCUUCCUCUAUGGAGAUUUAUAUGAUCAUGUGAGUUUAGUGAAGGCAAUAAAACAAGUGGAUGUUGUGCUUUCUACUGUUGGUCAUUCUCUUUUAGCUGAUCAGCUCAAUAUCAUUGCUGCUAUCAACGAAGCUGGCAAUGUCAAGAGAUUCUUUCCCUCUGAAUUUGGGAAUGAUGUAGAUCGUCUCCAUACCGUUGAGCCUGCUAAAACAACAUUUAAUACUAAAGUUCAAAUUCGCCGCGCUGUUGAAGCUGAAGGAAUACCAUUCACUUAUGUUGUCAACUUUUAUUGUGCUGAUUUUUUUCUUCCAAAUUUGGCACAACCUGGACAUGUAGUUGGACCUUCAGCUGGUCCUCACAGAGACAAAGUUAUCAUCUUAGGAGAUGGUAAUGCUAAAGGUAAAUUAAACUCCGAUUUGCUGUUUUUUAAUAAAGGACAAGACUUUGCUACGUAUACCAUAAAGGCUGUCGAUGAUCCAAAAACACUUAACAAAAUCCUCUAUAUCAAGCCUCCACAAAAUAUAAUUACGUUAAACGAGUUGGUAUCCUUGUGGGAGAAGAAAACUGGAAAGAAUAUAUGUACCAGGGGAACAACUUCUCAACAACAUACAAGAAGCCAUGUUUCCGUUGAAUAUGGCAUUAUCGAUCUCUUACCCUGCUUUUGUGAAGGGUGA